AUGGCCACCUGCGCGGAGCUCCGAACUUCUUGGGGGAAUCUUGAGCAUGGGAACCGCGACGAUGAGCUUGGAGGUGAGACAAUUUGUCAACAAUGUAGCACAUAUGAAAUCGAAACCAAGGUGCCUACUUAUAUCUACAAAAGCAAAGCAUGUCGACUUGUCAGAGUAAACAACCCUUUUGUGUUCAACGUAAUCCCGCCAAAAUUGCGCGCCAAAUGCCAAACAUUUGUCAAUGGAGUGGCCAACAAUGAAUCCAUUGAUAGCAAGCACCCGGCACCUGUAGAUUUCGAGGGGUUCCCCAGUUCCCCACACGUGGCAGAGCAACAUAUGGGUACUCUCACCUGGUAG